UCGAGCAGGUAACUGGGCGCGUCAGCGCGUGGUGGAGCCGGGGCGCCCCGAGAGCCGUGCGUGGAGGCCCCGGCCCCGGCGGGGAGGGGGCCGACGGGCUCAGAUUAAUUUUAAAACUGGAAGUUUGUAUCUUUUGCUGGAUAUUGGAAAUUAAGUCUAAUGGCAGCAGACUUUAUAAAGAGUUGCUGUAAAGGAUGUUUCUAUGGUGAAACAGAAAAGCACACCUUUUCUGUGGAGAGAGACUUUAAAGCAAAAGUUUCGAAUGGUCAAAAUACUGCUAUCUGUACACCUCCAUUGACUUCUGUUUCUGUAAAGCCUCAGGUUGGCUGUACUGAGGAUUAUUUACUUUCCAAAUUACCAUCUGAUGGCAAAGAAGUACCAUUUGUGGUGCCCAGGGUUAAGUUAUCUUAUAUUCAGCCCAGGACGCAAGCAACUCCUUCACAUCUGGAAGAACUUGAAGGAUCUGCCAGAGCAUCUUUUGGAGAUCGGAAGGUGGAACUUUCCGGUUCAUCCCAGCAUGUCCCCAGCUAUGAUGUCUAUAACCCAUUCUAUAUGUAUCAGCACGUUUCACCUGAUCUGAGUCGGCGCUUUCCUCCUCGUUCGGAAGCGACGAGACUGUAUGGAUCAGUUUGUGAUUUAAGGACCACCAAACUUCCUGGCUCCCCUGGGCUGAGCAAGUCUAUGUUUGAUCUUACAAGUUCAUCUCAGAGAUUCAUCCAGAGAGAUGAUUCGUUCUCCAGCGUGCCCAGUAGUUGUUCGUCAAGGAAGAAUUCUCAGGGGAGUAACCGAAGCCUGGAUACAAUUACUCUGUCAGGAGACGAAAGAGAGUUCGGGAGAUUGAACGUGAAAGUAUUUUAUAAUUCUUCAGUAGAGCAGAUCUGGAUCACGGUUUUACAGUGCAGAGAUUUAACUUGGCCCUCUAGUUAUGGAGACACUCCUACUGUUUCUAUAAAAGGAACGCUAACACUCCCCAAACCAGUGCAUUUCAAAUCUUCAGCCAAGGAAGGCUCCAAUACUAUUGACUUUAUGGAAACUUUUGUAUUUGCUAUUAAACUCCAAAGUCUGCAAACUGUGAAGCUUGUAUUUAAGAUUCAAACCCAGACUCCCAGGAAGAAGACGAUCGGAGAAUGCUCACUGUCACUCAGAAGUCUGAGCACACAGGAGACAGAUUACUCUCUGGAUAUAACACCACUUUCAAAAAUUUCUGUUUGCCACGCAGAGCUUGAAUUGGGGACUUGCUUUCAAGCAGUAAAUAGCAGAAUUCAGUUACAGAUUCUUGAGGCGCAAUACCUCCCAAGCUCAUCAACACCACUGACUUCGAGUUUUUUUGUGAAGGUGGCAAUGUUUAGCUCAGGAGAGUUGAUUUAUAAGAAGAAGACACGCUUACUGAAGGCCUCCAAUGGAAGAGUAAAGUGGGGAGAGACUAUGAUCUUUCCGCUUAUACAGAAUGAAAAAGAAAUUAUUUUUCUCAUUAAGCUUUAUAGUCGAAGCUCCGUGAGAAGAAGACACUUUGUGGGGCAGAUUUGGAUAAGUGAAGACAGUAAUAACGUCGAAGCAGUGAACCAGUGGAAAGAGACAGUUACAAACCCAGAAAAGGUGGUUAUCAAGUGGCACAAAUUAAAUCCGUCUUGAAGACUUCACACAUUCAUUUGGUGAAGAACUUGACGUUCUUUUAGAAGACUUAUGGCUUCAGUUUCCUACCAAUGAGAAGAGACAAAUUAAUGCAUUUGUCGAUUCAUUUAUGGAGGCCAUAAUUAUAGUAUAUAAUGGAUCUGAUAGAAAAUUAAACUUGAUAAAAAAUGGGGUGAAUUAUAUCAGAUAUCCCAAGUAGAGGAAUUAUUUUAAAACUGCUGAAAUAGACAGUAAAUGAAAGGAUAGUAUUCCUAGGGCAACUAAGUAAAUUAUGACAUCAAUGAGAAUAUCAGCCGCCGAUAGUUAUUGCUAUAUUAUGUUUAUGGGUUUCUUUGAAGCUUUACCUAGAUAUUCAAAAUCUAGUGUAUCAAGUCUCUUCUAGUACUUUUAGACAUUUAGAAGACUUUCCCACCAACUGUUUCAGUGCUAGUCACCACUGAUGAGAUCUCGACUCCACCGUUUACCUUUUGCUACGUAUUUUCUCUCAGAAAGCAAAAAUGAAUUGAACCACUUCAACUCGUCAGUACUUGAGGAAAGUUUGCGCCCUGUGUUUACCAUUUCUUACAUGUAAGGCAUCACACUGCCACUUUGUAAGCUCUUUAUCUCCAAGGAACUUCAGAUAUAGAGAACUAUUUUGGCAAGAAUAAAUGAAAACACCGAAAGGUUUAAUUGGAAACCCUGUAUACACACAUUUUGCAUGUUUUCCUCCCGCAAGUAGUUUACUCUUUAUUUUAAUUGGAAUUGAAAGAAGAUCCUCAUCCAUAUGGCCCAUUAUCAUCUGUAUGGCCCAUCCUAAUUAGCAGAAUGAAAUGAGCUUAAGUAGCAAAUUCAAUAUUUUUUGAUCAUCACUUCCUUGUUUUUAGUUUUUUAAAUAUAAAUUGUUCUGUAAUCCGCAGCGUUGGAGUAUUUUCCCAUGUGUUUUAAAUGAUCAUACAUGAUAGAGCAGAAAGUAUUUUCUAUCACAGUUUCUCUUAGGUACUCAUAGAACUCGGUAUGUGCAGGUAGCUUCAGUUUAAUUGGCCAUACAAGCUAUGGCCGAAAGAGCAGCUGUUUGGAAAAAUGAGUAAUGCCGUUCCUGAUCUUGGAAAAUUUGACUUUAUUUUUGCUAAUGAGUAGACCAAGUGCUCUGUGUUCAUGUCUUCCAUUUUUCUUCCUCUCUUACCUGACCCACACGUGCCAAGAGAUAGAUGGUGAUGUUUUAGGCCAGAAGUAUCCUUUAUGAUAGCUUAAGCACACCCUCUUCAUUCCAGUCCUUAAGUUUUGUGUAUCUCAUUAAGAUUUUCCCAAAUAAACACUGAAUUCCCCUUUUCCUGGGUACCACCUCCUCAAGCUGCAAAAUGUACAUACUUUGCAUGCCCCUUGCUUCUACUGCCUAGAGUGUAUGGUAUUCUGGUGGUGUUGACAGGUAUCUGACACUGUGCAUUGUAAAAUAAUUUUUUUUAGAUUUGUGAAAAAUGGCAUAUUGGUCAGUACUCACAUGGACUUUUAAGAGAAAUCACCUUGUGUGGUAGUAUUUUGAAUCUUUGAGACAAAUGGCAACUAUUAAGAAAAUUAUUUUUAAAUAGACUUUAUUUUUUAGAGAAGUUUUAGAUUCACAGCAAAACUGAGAGGAAGGUACAGAGUUCCCAUAUACCCCUGACCCCCGCAAGCACAGCCUACCCCACUAUCAGCAUCUCGCAUUAGAGUGGUGCAUUUGUUAAAAUGAAUGAACCUACAUUGACCCAUCAUUACCCAAAGUCCAUAGUUUACAUUAGGGUUCCCUCUUGAUGUUUUACAUUCUCUGAGCUUUGACAAAUGCAUAACGAUGUGCGUCCACUACCAAAGUUCCAUACAGAGUUGUUUCACUGCCUAAAAACCCUCUGCAAAUGCAACUACUUCAAUAGCCACCACAGAAGUAAAUGUUUUGGCUUUUAGAUAAUAAAUAACAGAGUUCAUUAUUUUAAAAAAAUCUAGAAUUUCAUUUGAGCAGUUUUUUGUGUUCUAUUAAUGCUUUCAAUACCUAAAUUUAUUAUAUGUAAUGUAUUUAACUCAAUUUUUAGUUUAUUUAACUUUUAAUAUUUUUUCAAUAUGUAUAUAAUGUAUAAUUUGAGGGAAAACUAUGACUUCUUGGUUUCUUAUAUGUCUUAGAAUCCUAGGUAAAUAAAGCAAUUUAAAGAAAACCUUUUCAUUUAAAAGACCUUUCAGUUAGAUAAGUAUUGACACAACUAAGAUCUCAGAUAUUUUAAUUAGUGUUUACUUGAGCCUUUUUUGGGUGAAGGGUACUGAGUACAGAUGAUAUUCUUGUUGUUUCUUUGAAGCUUUAUGUAAAAAUAUAAAAAGAAACACACUCUUCUGUUAAUAGCUACUCAUGAGAAAAAAUUAGACGCUGAUAAUAAAAAAUGAGAUACUAUGCAAAAAUCCUUUCUCUUUGUAUUUGCAUAGGCUUCUCUUGACCUUUACCCACUUAUAAGAAGGAGAAAAGAACCAAAAUGAUGCUGGAUGACCAGAGAAAGCCAUGGAAGGGUUCACAUUGAUAGCUGGUAGUUUGCACAGUGCUAACCCUAACAGUGUAUUUAUUUAUUUAUAAGCUUUCCGAUUAAUACAAUUAAAUGGCUGCAGCCCACGUUAAAACAUAACAUCACUAUUUGGCUUUCCUUUGGUUUUGCAUGAUUUUUUUAGAACUCCUAGAGAAAUUACCACUGAAGUGUACCAGUUCAGCUCUUAUCAGACUGUUAAGAAGGAAUCAGUGGGAUGUUGAACAUAUAUUAUGUAAUUGUGGUCUGAAAAUAACCUAAAUUUUUGAAUUUAGGACUGAUGUUUGAAUACAGUUAUGUGAAUUUCUCUGAUACUAACGUACUGAAACUGUAUUUCCCAGCAAAAAUUUCCAUCAUUUCUUUAGUCAAAUUGGUUAUUUACAUUUAUUUAGUCAAAUUGCUUAUUUAUGAAUGAUUUCAGGAAUUUUGAGUCAAUUUCAACUUUUUAUUGCAUGGCAGCAAUGGAUAUUUCAAAGAUAUACAUUUCCUUUGGUGUUUCGUAGGGUAUAUUGGAGGAAAGACCAGAUAAAAUAUGUAUCUAAAAUAGUUAUGAGAACACUGUAUUAAUCAGGGUUUUCCAGAGAAAUGGGACCAAUAGAAAAUAUAUAUAUAUUUUUUACUAUGAGGAAUUGGCUCAUGUGUUUAUGGAAGCUGAGAAAUCCCAUAAUCUGCCAUGCAAGCCAGAGACCCAGGAAAGCUGGAAGGAUAAUUCAGUCUGAAUUCAAAGGCCUGAGAACCAGAGGAACCAAUGGUAUAAACCCCAGUCUGUGGGCAGGAGAAGAUAUUUUUCCAUUCAAGCAAUUAGGCAGGAAAAGAGGGGCAAAUUCCUUCUUUCCCUUUUGUCUAUCCAGGCCUUCAGCAGAUUAAAAGAUGUCCACCCACACUGGAGAGAGCCGUUUACUGAGUCCACUGAUGCACAUGCUAGUCUCGUCUGGAGAAACCCUCACAGACGCACCCAGAAAUAGUGUUUAAUCUGGGCACCCCUGGCCAGUAAAGUUGACACAUAAAAUUAACUAUGAUAGACACUUACUGGUAUUCUCUUGAGGCUUCAGCUAUGCUUGUCCAACAAUAAAUUUCAAAUGCUUGAAGUGUUACCUGAAACAUUGAAUUGAGGAAAGAAUGAUGAAAAGUGGGUGCAAAUGAAGUGCGACGUGCAUUUGGAAAUACAGAUUUAAGGUUAAAAAAGAUAUUAAAAGAGUCAAUGUAGCCCUCCAAAAUUGGGUUGUAUUUUAUGGAUGAUGAAUUGUCUGAAGAUGAAUGCUACCUACAUUUUCAGUAGUUUCCUAGUGGAAAAUGUUUUUUAAAUAAGGAAUUACUGAUUUUUAAAUUUUUUCAUGUAUGAAAAAUCUGAUCCCUAAAAUAGCUAUAUUUUAUUAGUUGUUAAAACUGAUAACCAAAUUAAAUCAUACGACUAUAACUGUGUUAACUAUAUGACCAUAUUAAAUCAUAGGGCUCUGAGGACAGAGGAGAUGUCUAGAAAGAAAGUUCUGUGCAUCUUCUCAGAUGGCUAAAAUGUCUCUGAUUCUAUGCUGUGCGAAAUCACUGAACGAGAUAUGUGUUUGAGAUAUGUGUUUAGAUGAUGUUUAUUCAGUCUUGAUUUUCAUAUUCUCAUGCUGUGGAAUUCGUUUUCUGGGUCACCAUUUUGUAGUUUUUGAAGCAGCAGGAUGAUAAAAAAUAUCUACCCUUCAUGAUAGGACUAAAUUUAUUUUAACAGAGAUAAGUUUGGUGGACUGUGGCUCUUAAUUGUCUUUUAGUUCAAUUUCUGGGUCCUUAAUCUUUCUUGAUUAUACAAUGUAUGGAAACUUGAUCUUGAAACAACUAAAUUUUUAAUUGAGCUAUUUUAUAUAUUUAAUAAUUAAAUGCAAAAAAUCUAUAUAGUUCUCCAUGCAAAGAACACUUCUAGGUACUUUCAGGGGUACAAAGAUAAAUAAGCCAUCACUCUUUACCCUGGGGUUUUAUAUUUUAGUAGAGAAAUAAUAUAAAGCAGAAAUGUAGUAGAAAGCAGGAUUUGAGGUAUGGACAAAGUGCUUUAGAGGCCCAAAUAAAGAAUUAAGUGCAGCUCAAGGAAUUAGGAAAGGUUUGGUAUGUCCCUGAUCUGAAGCACACAAAUCAGGCAGAUUGGUAGCACUAUGAAUUCCUGAUCACUGAGUCUGCCUAACUAGCAAUCUUACUUCAUUUCUUUUGUCAGCUGACUCGCUGUGAAAAAGUUUAUUCUCCCUUCCACUCUCUUCUAACCUUCAAUCCACCUGCUCCUUUCUUUACUCUUCGUAGAUCUUAUUUUGUGCUUUACAAGGAAAGCAAUGUCAGGCAUUCCUUCAACUUCCCACCGUCAUAUCCACAAGCUGAUUUUUGCCUAUAUCCAUCUUCGGUUGUGUUAGAAAGUCAGCCCUUGCUUGUGAAUUCUGGUGCAAGCCUCUCUGCUUUUUCAGGGAUCUCAUUGUAUUUAUUGUGCCUGUUCUCUCCUGUUUCUUGAACCUCUUCUUCUCUGCUUUAUUCUUCUUAGCAUCAUCCAAACCUCCCUGGUGCAUGCAUGACUGUCUCAAAAUAGGUUGGUGAUGCGUUCAAUGGAAAGAACUCAACACACCAUAAUGUGGGGGUUAGGUUUCUGCACUGAUGAAGGAACCUCUGGAAACAUAAUGCAGAGUCACGGCAGCGCACUCCCUGUGGAGAUAUGUCUUCCCAGGUCCCCAGAGUUCGCCUUGGGGCAGGCUGCUGUGAACGAGUCUCCAUGUGGCCAGUGAAGAUUCCCAGAAGCUCUUUUUGCAUUCUGACAGGAGUUUUUAUUCUUUCCUCAUUUUCCUUCUCCCACCUGACCAUUCAUUCCAAGCAUAGCCUUCAUUUCUGCUUACUUGGCAGAUGUUAGUAACUAGUAGAAAAUAUUCCCAAUAAA